ACAAAGAACCAUCUUUCUUUCGAGAGAUUGAACCAAAGCCCGGAAAGCAUACUGUGUGGACCUUAUCUCAUGACUUCACUCGUGGCCAAGCUUCUAAAUACCGGAGGCACUAUCUUCAAUUCCCUCCUGGAGUUCUUGACCAAUACUACGCAAAGCUCUUGCAAUGUGAUAAUCGAUUGUUCGAAUUGAGCCAGAGACCCUUUCCUACUUCACAUUCUAUUUAUUUUGAUUCACAUUUAGACAAGAGGACAACACAGCUUAGUUUCUGUCAUGAUGAUUCAGAAAACAUGGACCAACAAGUUCAAAUGUUUGGCUAUAUGCCUCAAAUUACUAAUUAUAACAACCCAACUUCAUCAACUUCAGAUGAGGCAAUCAACAAUCAUAUGCAUCAAGAUCCAAUGAUGUCAACCUCUUGGAGUCAAGGGUUUCAUUAUGAGUAUGACACUUCACUUUCAAUGGAGUCUUCCCCACAUGCAAGUUGCAUACAAGCACACCCAAAUGGACCAGCUGGAUUAAAAUAUGAAUUGCCAAGCCACAUCAAUAACAUGUCGAUAAGAGGCUACGAUUUCCCAGAAAAUGAAUUCAACACAACACGUAUGAUUGAUAGUGACAGUGUGUUUUGUCCAAAUUUUGGACAAUCAGUUGAAGCAAGUUUUGAUUACAACACCAAUACAAGCACACAGUUUGAUUGGUCCAUGUACACCUGAUUACUUAUGAAACUCACUCUGUUCCAUAUUAAGUGUCAUUUUUUGUAUUUUUUUCAGAUAGAUUGAGAUAAGUUGUAAAUGAAUAAAAGAGUGUAAGAUUUUGAGCUGCUAGAUUGGAAUUAUAACUUGAUGCUAGUGAUAUGUGGCAACCUGUUAAACAAAGGCUUGAGGUUUUAUACCUCUUUAAAUUUGAGACCCUGAAUGAGUGCAUUUUAAGCCACAUAGAUCUUGAUCCUUACCAAGGAACUUUUUGGCUGUGCCCUUAUUUAGGGAAUGUGAAGCUGAAUAGAGAUGAAGCUCUAAGGUUGCUUGGCAACUUGCAUCUUUAGAGUAGACCACAAUGGAGCCGUUAUUUUUUAUCUCUCCAAGAAUAUUGGUCUGUUGUUUCUUGAAAGCAUACUUCUGAGCUUGGUCUACCA